CAGCCCCGGCCCCGGCCCCGGCCCCGCUGCAUUCGGUGCAUUCUUUGCGUCCGUCAAUGGUUUUUAAUUUAGCUUUAACGCCCUGCUCGCGUUCCGGCAUCGUCCCCGCCUCUGCCUUCCCCUCGCCCUGCUCCGCUUCAGCCCCAGGGCAACGCAGGGAACGGGCGCACGGCAGCGGAGCACGGUGCGUGGAAGCACAGCGCGCUGCCGGGGCUCCCAGGCUGGAGAGCGAAAGUACGAGGUGCGCUCGUAGGGCGGUCAUCUGGGAAUCCCCCCUGCAUUUGGAUCUCAGGACUAAAUGGCGAGCAAAUGGACUGUUUGAAGCACCGUGUGUGAUUGCCUAAGAGGAGAGAUUCUGUUGUGGAUAACCCCCAGGGAACCUGUGGGGUACCUCUGUAGUCUCAGACUCAACCCUGAUAUGGAACAAAAUGAAGGUGAACAGGAAUCCCAGCCAGAGAGUCACAUGGACAGCAAGAGCAGUGUGAAAUCCUUGCCUGGGGGAGAGGCCCAUGUCAAACUGGAGAUAAAAAAACAUGCAGUUACAGAUGACUACAAACUCUCCAAACGAGUGCUAGGGUUAGGAAUCAAUGGCAAAGUACUGGAGUGUUUCAACAAGGAGACAGGCCAGAAAUGUGCUUUGAAGCUCCUGUAUGACAACCCAAAAGCCCGUCAGGAAGUAGAGUACCACUGGCGAGCAUCAGGCUGUCCCCACAUUGUCCAUGUGCUGGACGUCUAUGAGAAUAUACAUCAUGGAAAGAGAUGCCUCCUUAUUGUCAUGGAAUGCAUGGAGGGAGGAGAGCUGUUCAGCAGAAUCCAGGAGAGAGGAGACCAGGCUUUCACUGAGAGAGAGGCCUCUGAAAUAAUGAGAGACAUCGGAACAGCCAUCCAGUAUCUGCAUUCAAUGAACAUCGCCCAUAGAGAUGUCAAGCCUGAAAACUUGCUUUAUACAUCUAAAGAGAAGGAUACUGUACUCAAACUCACAGACUUCGGCUUUGCCAAGGAAACCACUGUACAAAAUGCUCUACAGACCCCGUGUUACACUCCUUAUUAUGUUGCCCCAGAAGUCCUUGGUCCUGAGAAGUAUGACAAAUCUUGUGACAUGUGGUCUUUGGGUGUCAUCACAUAUAUUCUCCUGUGUGGGUUCCCUCCAUUCUACUCAAACACCGGUCAAGCCAUUUCUCCAGGGAUGAAGAGAAGAAUUCGGAUGGGGCAAUACGGGUUUCCCAAUCCAGAAUGGGCUGAAGUAUCAGAAGAAGCCAAACAACUGAUUCGUCAUUUACUGAAGACUGACCCAACAGAGAGGAUGACAGUUUCUCAGUUUAUGAAUCACCCUUGGAUUAAUAGAUCGAUGGCAGUGCCACCAACUCCUCUUCAUACUGCACGGGUCCUGCAAGAGGAUAAAGACCACUGGGAUGAAGUUAAAGAGGAGAUGACCAGUGCUUUGGCUACCAUGAGGGUGGACUAUGAUCAGGUGAAAAUCAAAGACUUGAAAACAUCCAACAACCGCCUCCUGAACAAACGCCGUAAGAAGCAGAAGCAGGCAGGCACCUCUUCCGCAGCCCCAGGGUGCAAUAACCAAUGAGAAGAGAAGCCAAGGACCUGUGGGUGGAGGGUAAAAGUUAAAAGGAACAAUUUAAAAUCAUCUACGAUCAACUCAGUCUGUACCACAAAGGCAAGGAGACUGUGAAGAAGCUAUCCUGCAAAGAGGGAGCAGUGUGGGAGAUUGCAUUUUUAUAACUUGAAUCAGGGCUUUGCUUUUAAAGGCUGAUGUAAAUGACAUGAUUCUGCUGCAUAUUGCUAGGUAAGGUGCAGUAGUACCAGAAUUGUUAUGGGCUUUUGUUUUGGCUUUAACUGUGUCAGAGGAGAGAACAGGAGGCAGUCUCAGCAUACUAAUGCACUGAGGCUUUCACGGCCAUUGACAUGAGGAACUUCUGCUACCAUUUGAAACUUGGGAAUAGGAAACAUGCCAAGUGUUCUGCUAGGAAUGUUUUUGUGGUUCAAACAUAAGUAUUGAGGAAUGAGAAAAAUGUUCCUGCUCUUUAUCCAAGUAGCACAGGUGCAUUUCCAUCAAGGAUGCAUCUGGACAGCACUUCACGUUAUAAUGGUAAUAGUCAAUAUUUCCAAGCUUACCUCCUAUAGUUGCAGAAUAUCACCUAUACAGAUAUUCCUGUUACAGGAAGAAGCAUCCAUGUAUUUCCAUUUUCAUAAAGUCUACAUGUAGUCUCAUGUAAGGACUUGAGUUUAUUGUGGAUUCUCAUUUGAUAACACAUAAGCUUUCUGAGCUCUAACCACUGUGUCUUGUCUAUGCCACUGUAUUGUUUUUAAUUUAAAUGAUAUUUUAUGUGAAGAGUUUUAAUACGGAUUUGAUUAGUUGAAAGCAUCCUGCAGAGAAUAUUGCCAUUCCUCUUAGAUCCACAACCUCUAGGGCAUGCAACUGGACAUGCAAUUUUAUACAAGAGCCUGCUGUAGAAGAGACACUUCUCAAUUCAAGAAGAAGUGGCAAGUACAUGUUCUCUGAACGGACCUUGGGGUCUGCCAGCAUUCCUUCUGGUAAUUACCUCCAGAUCCUGUGCCUAAGAUGUGCUGAUGAUAGCAAAUGUUGGGGUGCUGGGGUCAGUUUGUUUCCUGGUCAGGUAGGGGGAGGAUGCUACUUAAUUUGCAGUGUUUUGUCAAUGUUUCUGGAUCCAAAGAUUUUCACCACCUAAGGGAGGCUAACUAUAAAUAUAUCUACCUGUUGGGUUUUUGUCCCUCUUCUACUUCUUGUUUUAUGGGAUCCUAGCCACGGUUUGCUGCCCUGUUUAACUUUGUGAUCAAAGUGUUUCCUCUCACUGUAUUUUGGGUUGUUUUGCAGUUGAGGUGAAGCAAAUGUUUGUGAAAGCGUUAUCAGGGUCUAGAAUGAAAAUGACGUGCUUCCAGUGAUACGGGCAAAACCCACUUUGUGGUAGGCACACAGAGUGCUUGUAGGCACACAGAGGCUCGGUAGAAUGUUGAAAACAAGGCUCCAGAGAGGAUCUGAACUGUCAGAUCUGACUGCCACAUAGGUCUCUACCUCCAACAAACAUCAGCUCAAGGCUUUGGACCUUGUCUGAGGAGCCCUGUUCCCAUCUUCGAAGUACUGGAUGAGACCUCCAUUCUUCUCUGUGAACUGGUCCUAGAGUUUUAUAAACUGAUUUUAAUAAAUCAUGUUACAACGCUCCUUCCUCCUGUCACCCCUGUUUUGUUGAGAUGCUGCAGUUUGUGUUGGCUUUGUGAGGUGCUUCUGUAUUGAAAGUGAUGGGAAAAGGCAGAAGGAAAGUGUUCAAAGAUGUCCACAUGCAAAGGCUACUCAACUUGGAGCUUUUUUUGUAAAUUACAAGGGAUAUUUUAAAAAUCAAUCUCUUUUAAAGAUGCGUUUUUAAAUUAUUUCAUGUUUG